AGUGGUGGCUGCCUUGUUGACGGCGCCCUGUGUGGGUGACGUAAAAGGAGCCGCCGCUAAAUUUAUCUGUAGGCGGGGGGCUGAAAAGAGGCGCUCGCAGGCAAAGCGGAGCAGCGCCGCAGAGGAGUCGCCACCUUUGCUGCACCCAAGCGGUCGAGGAAGCCCCCCCGAGUGUGUCCUGGCCAGAGCUGAAUCAUGAGCAACUAUGCAGUGACGCUGCACGGGCCCGCACCAUGGGGCUUCCGGUUGCAGGGUGGGAAGGAUUUCAACAUGCCUCUCACCAUCUCGCGGAUAAGCCCGGGUAGCAAAGCGGCUCAGGCCACCGUGGUGCCCGGGGACGUGGUGCUGCAGAUCGACGGCACACCCACUGACAGCAUGACGCACCUGGAGGCGCAGACGAAGAUCAAGAACAGCGUGGGCAAUCUGCGCCUCACCCUGCAGCGGUCCAAGCUCCAGGGUCGAGUCGCUACAGGCGUGCCUCAUGCUGAUGGGACACGAGCCGUGACUCCUCAGCAGCAGGUGUACACUGCCAACACGGCUAACCCUGCGCUCCUAAAGGACUCCCUGGCCUUUGCGCACAAGCCCAUCGCAGUGACGGGCCCGGGAGGUCAGGCCACGAUCAUCCACGCGCAGUACAACACUCCCAUCAGCAUGUACUCGCAGGACUCCAUCAUGGACGCCAUCGCUGGGCAGACCCACGUGCGCGGGACAGAUGUCCCGGGCAUCGCCGCCAAGGAGCCGCACGUGGACACGUCGUCGCACGUGUACCAGGCCGUGGUGAAGGGGGACGACACCAAGGGGGCCGCCGCUCACCAGUCGCGCUCCUUCCAGAUCCUGGCGCACCUCACCGGCACCGAAGGACAACCAGACCUGGAUGGCGAAUCCGUGAAGAAAGCCAGUGAGGAUGAGUCAAGGGCGGGAGAAAACCAGCACGGACCGCACGGAGCUCCAGCUUAUCAUGGCAGUUCGGCCAACCAGGCGCAAGUGGCCAUGGCCUCUGUGCAGGCGUCUAAAAGCUCACCUCUGCCUUUCACCUCAAAGCUCCAGCCUCUUCCAAAGGCGCCAAAUGCAAGCGCGCAGGCAUCUGCUGCACUGUCUGCCGCUUUGUCCUCUAGCUCCUCUUUCCAGCAGAGCGUCUCUACCUCCUCUUAUGCCUACUCAGCCUCCUCUGCUGCCUCCAAGCAAACUAGCUCCCACGCGCUGCACUCUGGACCGGCGCACGCUCCGCCCGCCGUGGGCCACAGCCCCAGACCCAACGUGGUGACAACGGCAACGAUCCGGCCCAACCAGCCAGCGCCAGGACAUGUCAACAGCAGCAUCACCAUCAAUCUGCCGAGCACCGAGGCCACUCCCUCCGGUGGGCCUGCUAGCCGCCCCCCGUGGGUCACCGAUGAUCAGUUUGCGCAGAAGUACGCGGCGGAUCGCAGCACCACGACGAUCUCCAAGUCGGUGGGACCGGCCAGCGGCGGCGGCGGUCAGGGAUACGGUGCGCCGGCGCAGCAUGGGCCGCCAGCGCCGCCGUUCGCGCCGGCGCAGCGUGGGCCGGCUGCCCCAUCCUCGACUCCUAUCCACGCCGUCGCUCCGGGCCCAGGCUACGGGCAGGCCGUCUCGCCGAGCCGCGGCAAGGUGCAAUGGGCGCAGCACUGCCAGCCCAGCCAACGCACGCCCAUGUGCGGCCAGUGCAAUCAAAUCAUCCGCGGCCCCUUUCUGGUGGCGCUGGGCAAAUCGUGGCAUCCGGCCGAGUUCAACUGCGCCCAGUGCCACACCACGCUGACGGAGACCGGCUUUGUGGAGGAGCAGGGAAACGUGUACUGUGAGACCUGCUACGAGAAGUACUUUGCUCCGGAUUGCGCCAAGUGCCGCAAGAAGAUCAUGGGGGAGAUCAUGCACGCCCUGAGGCAGACGUGGCACACCACCUGCUUUGUGUGUGCAUCCUGCGGCAAGCCCUUUGGAAACAGCCUCUUCCACAUGGAGGAUGGCGAGCCUUACUGCGAGAAAGACUACGUGGUGUUGUUUAGCACCAAGUGCCAUGGUUGUGACUUUCCCGUUGAGGCUGGAGACAAAUUUAUUGAGGCCCUUGGCCACACUUGGCAUGAUACCUGCUUCAUCUGCGCUGUGUGUCAUGUGAACCUGGAGGGACAGCCCUUCUACUCCAAGAAAGACAAGCCACUCUGCAAGAAACAUGCCCAUGCCAUCAAUGUCUAAACCUGGUCACACACACGCUACACUCAUACGUGAAAGCAUUUGUAUCGAUUGAGUUUCUGACACAUGCUUUUUUGGCAUAAAAUAUCUAUGCACUCGUAGACUAAUUUUAAAGUGGGACAAAAUGCACACAACAAUAACUUCUACCAGUGGCGUUCAUUUGAAGAAAGCGAUUUAAAAAUUUCCAAGCAUUGGCAUUAAAAUUAAAUCCAAUAAAGUUUGAAUUCCCUUGAUCAUUUCAUAAAUAAAUACCCACAUGAGAAACAUAAUUAUAAGAUUUGCAUAAAUCUUAAACAGUGGUGUGUGCUUACGUUCCAAAAAUAUCGGGAGUAUUUAUUUCUUUGUAGGUUUAUACACUCCCCUUUGAGCAAAGGUCAGCUAGCCCAAUUUGUACCGUCACUGGUAAUGCUCUAUAUUUAACCCCGUGCACUGGUCUGCGUGGAUCACAGAGCUGCUCUCACAAGUCGCCGGGCUCGUGAUAUGCAGAGAGACGUGGUUUGCUGCGCUGAUAGAACGGUGCCUUGUUGUGUAAACAAUUGGUUCCCAAAAUACGCAGUGCACUUGCUGAUGCGCUGGUGAACCAACCGGUCACCCCCUCUGUGAUUCAGCUGUCAGAGGCGGCGGCAAGGAUUUCCAAUGGUCGCAUUACACCACGGGAUGGCAUUCAUUUACAAAUGGAUGGCCUAAAAUGUAAUGCGGCAGCAUGAUGGAUUGUCAGCAUGACUGGUCAGUGCAAUAGUGACUGUGAUGCAGGUGAUGGUGGUGGAUGCGGAUAGAUAUUUUGACGGGAUUAGUCCUCACACGGACGAUAGUAGUGAUGGUGAUCAUGCUCAAAGUUAGUUUUAACAGGCAUGGAUUUGAGAUAGGAGUCUGGAGAGGUAUGUGGGUAUCUAUGUGGUAGGCAAAGGAUAUGUUAUAUCAGUGAGACAAAUUAAUUGACUGUUUUGCCAGAGGUUCUGACUGGGGAACAGAGUCUACAUAGUGCGGAUUGUGGUGUUUUUCUGAUAUUCUAAUACUGUAAUGUUUUGAAAGGGGGCGCUAUAUUGCAACAAUGUGUCAAUGUUAAGAAGAAGAGAGCUGUACGUGAAGUAAAUGCCAACACAGCACCAGCUUUUGAAAGUGAACGUUUUGUGUACAAGCCAAAACACUGACACUAUGCCAUGUAGUAAUUCUAUCUUCAUGCAUGAUAACACUAAUUUGAAUAAGAAAUUAUGUUUUAAAGUGAAUAUUUUUUUCCUAUGUCAAAAAGGGCUUGAGGGGUACGUUUUGAAUAGUAAUCGAAAUUAAGUCAUCCAGUAUUCUCUGUUGUGUCUCAGGUUACGCAGCAAUAGACUAAAGACCGCUAUACAAGUUUGUCGAGUAGCCAUCUAACUUUUGUGCCUUAGAGAUAGAUGUUUGUAAUACAUGCUACAUUACUUUCAAUACACCAAUGUAGGUGGACGGAGAUGCAGAUUUGAUUGAUGUCUAGACAAAGCUAUGCAUGCAGUUGAAAUAAAGCUGUACAGUGAUAUGUUUAUUGUGGAUCAAAUAGGCAUGAAAUCCUGGAGGCAUAAACCGUGCAGCCAGCAAACGUCACAUUCAACAAUUGAGCCAUGAAAACCAGCUUCAAGUGUUGUUGCACAAGUGAAUCAAGAAUGAUAAUUGUUUUUUUACCCUUCUAUCUGGCAACAAAACUGAAACCUUUUUACAAGGAGUCAUGUUUGCAU